AUGCACCUGAACCUGUGGGAAGUCAGUGACAAGCAGGACCUCCAGGAAAGGGGAAGCAAGGUGUCCGUGCUGGUCAAUGGAUGUGAGCUGCAGAUGCUGAUUGACACAGGAUCCCCAGUGUCAAUUGUGAGCCGGGACAUGAUGGUACCUGGUCUCGACAUCCGACCAUCACAGCUGAAGCUGAAGUCCUUCACAGGUCACAUGAUUCCACUGGUCGGUGAAGCAGAUGUGGAAGUCUCCGCUGAGCAGGGAGUGCGAAGGAAGCUGUGCUUGGUGGUGGCCGACAUGACUGGAAGGAGGGCCCUGAUGGGAAGAGACUGGAUUCAGGCGUUGAAGGUGACAGUGCCAGGAUGUGUUGGAGUCAACAUGAUGGAACAAGAGCCGCUGGAAGUGGUUCUGGAGAAACACAAGGAAGUGUUUGAAGAGGGACUGGGCUGUGUCAGCAUCAAAGCUCAUCUGACACUGAAGCCAGAUGCAAGACCGGUGUUCCGGAAAGCGAGACAAGUCCCACAUGCUCUGUUUCAGAAGGUGGACGCAGAGCUGGACAGGUGGCUGAGAGAAGGUGUGGCAGAGAAAGUGGACAGGAACCUCAACACAGGCUGGGGAACGCCGCUAGUCCCUGUGCCGAAGGCGGAUGGAAGUGUCCGACUAGCUGCAGACUACAGGAUCACAGUCAACCCGCAGCUGAUGGUACAGAAGCACCCUCUGCCCACACCUGAAGAGCUGUUCGUGAGGAUAAAAGGGAAGAGAUUCUGCAAACUAGACCUAAAGGAUGCAUACCUGCAGAUGGAGCUCGACGACGAGUCGAAGAACAUGACGACUGUCACCACGCACAAGGGACUUCUUCGCAUGAACAGGCUACCGUUCGGGAUAAGUUCCUGUGGCGACAUCUUCCAGUCAGCCAUGGACCGAAUCUUGGAGGGGCUGGAUGGAUGUGUCAACUACUUGGAUGACCUACUGGUGAUGGGAGGCACAGAGGAGGAGAUGUUGAAGUCGCUGGACCAGGUGCUGGCGAGACUGACCGAACAUGGAGUGCGACUGAAGAGGAGCAAGUGCCAGUUCAACCUCAAGGAGGUGACGUAA